CGAUGAUUAUACCGGGGGGAUGAAAAGAUUUGUCGUAUUGCGAAUGCAAAAAAAGACACGAAGAGAGAAGAGAUUGGAGGGGGGAGCGCGUGGAACGGUGCCGCCCUUGCCGAUUGGUUACGUCACUUCCAGGCGUGAUGGAGUAUCGUGUGUGAUGUGCGUGUGCUGAAAAUGGCCGCGUAUAUCGAGGUCUUCUGAGUUUACUGAUCCACGGCCGAUAGUUUUGCACGCUUAACUUUAUCUAAUAGACGUUAGGGUAAUCUAUAACAAGACCUGUUGUUGGUACAUAUUAAAUGUUCGAAGAAAUGAUUGUCGUGCCUUUUUACAUUAAGGUAUAACAAAUAUUUGCGCGUUUAUAAAGAUAGAUAGAGAGCGAGAGAGCGAGAAAGAGAGAGAGAGAAAGAGAGAGAGAGAGAGAGAGAUAUCGAGAUAUCUCAUUCGUGUACAUGGAACUUGUGUUUCCUUGGAUCCUCGACUCGUGAAAGAAGGAAGGUGAGAGACGGAGGACGUAUCGCAUAUUUUCAUCCCACGAACGUGUUUUCCUCUUCUGUUAACUUCUAUGGCCAACCAUAUCAAACCUGCUACAUUUUAAUAAUGGGUUGCAUUUUCAAUAUGGAUAGUUAUGUUAGUUUAUACCAAGGUACUCAUUAAUAAAUGAGUGAAAUUAUAGUUUAUCAAGAUGCGGGAGAGGUCUGUUAUGAUCCCCUGGUAUCCAGUGGGGAUCUAAAUUAAACGACAUAGCAAAAAAAUAAAUUGAUUGCUAUAUUAAUCAAGAUGAAAAUGGAAGUAAAAUCAUAAUAUUCAGUCUUUAAAGAAAUGAAAUCUUUAUGUACUGAGUGAGAAUUAUACUUUCAUGCGAUAUUUGUAUUAAACUUUUUGUGAUCAUAAUAUACAUAAUUUAUGUACCAAGUAUUUGAACUGUGUAUAGACAUAAUGUAAUUAUAGUGCAAGUUAAGUUUAUAUACAAGUGUGUUGAUAAAGAAAGUCAUUAUGUCGUUUUUAUCGAAUUUAAAGAAGGCAUUCCACUUCGGUGGCAAUGAUGCGAAAAAGAAAAAGUUAUAUAAUAAUAUUAAAAUGGAUUGUAACCCGGAAGAAUUCUGGGAAAUGGUUGGUGAACUUGGAGAUGGGGCAUUUGGAAAAGUUUACAAGGCACAACAUAAACAAACUCAUCAAUUGGCUGCUGCAAAAAUGUGUGCAUUGGAAGGAGAAGAUGAUCUUAGCGAUUUCAUGAUUGAAAUCGAUAUUUUGUCCGAAUGUAAACAUCCAAAUGUUGUUGAAUUACAUGAAGCAUACUUUAUAGAAGGCAAAUUGUGGAUGUUGAUUGAAUACUGUGAUGGUGGUGCUGUAGAUUCUAUUAUGGUAGAGUUGGAGAAAGCACUGACAGAACCUCAAAUAUCAUAUGUGUGUCAACAUAUGGUAAAGGGUCUGGCAUUCUUACACAAAUCCAAAGUUAUUCAUAGGGAUUUAAAAGCAGGGAAUGUUUUGUUAACAAUGGCAGGAGGUGUCAAACUUGCUGAUUUUGGGGUAUCUGCAAAAAAUAAGCAUACAUUACAGAAACAUGAUACAUUCAUUGGUACACCAUACUGGAUGGCACCAGAAGUUGUAUUAUGCGAAACAUUUAGAGAUAAUCCUUAUGAUUUCAAAGUGGACAUUUGGUCCCUUGGCAUAACUCUUAUAGAGUUUGCGCAAAUGGAGCCACCAAAUCAUGAAAUGUCUCCAAUGCGUGUGUUACUUAAGAUACAAAAAAGUGAUCCACCAAAGCUUGAUCAACCUGGAAAAUGGAGUAAAGAGUUUAAUGAUUUUAUUGCAAAAGCGCUUAUAAAGGAUCCAACAUCACGACCUACAGCCGACGAAUUGUUAAAACAUCCAUUUAUAAAUCGAAAUUUAGAUUCUAAACCAAUAAGGGAUUUAUUGCUUGAAUAUAAAGCUGAUGUUGUUGAAGAGGAACUUGUUGACGAAGAAGCUGAGGAGCAACGUACAUCUCAGCUUCCUUUGGAAUUGGAACAACUCGGAGAUGACUCUGCAUCUAUGCGCAGUGAUGGCGAUGUUAAAGUUGCCGAGAAAGAAAAUCUUACACCGUUACCUGUAUCCACGAAAAAAGAGGAUAGUCACAAACGGGAGAUGAAUAGAGAUGGCGAGAAAGAAGAUAGAAGUAAGAAAUUGCGUAAAACUGAAUCUAAAGAAAAUAUGCACGCAUUAAACGAGAAAAAACAGGCACCAAAACCUCCAGCUACAGCUGAAAAUAACGAGCGUAGGAUAUCUAGAGAUAAAGGUCCUGCGCCUCCACCUCCGUCGGUUCGUCAAGAUAACAAAAAUGAUGAAAAAGAGAAUUGUGCCGAUCUGGCAAACAAAUCUAGUGCCAUGGAAUCGUUAGGUCAAAAUAAAGUUAAGGAUGAUAAACAAGAUCGUAAUUUAUUAUCAUCCCAAUCGGUAGGAGUAGAAAUGGAGCAGCAAAAACCAAAUACUAAAGAUCAGAUAAAAAUAGGACCCUCAAAUAAGAACGAUGAGUUAGACAACGUAGAUAAAACUAAUGCAACAGAAACUGUUGACAAAGCGCUAUUUGCCUUGAGUAAAUCUAAAAGUAUCGAAGGAAAACAAAAAUUAAUUGACAAUGUAAAUAUAUUAACCAAAAAAUCAAGUAUGGAUGAAAACCGAAAGUCAGCUCCUAUCAAGUCAACUUCAUCGGAUGAAUGGGUAAAACCAGUGUAUAAUAAACAAUCGUCCCUCGAAGAGAAGAAUAGGUUCCAAUCAGAAACUUCGAUGGAGGAACAACGUAAACAUGAAAAAUAUUUAAUUGAAGAUAAUCUAAAAAAUUUGGAACAAAAACGAAAAUCCGUAGAAGAUAAAUUGAAUGCGGUUUUAGAAAAACGUAUUACCAUGGAUACGCAAAAGAGGAUAAGUACUACGUCGAUUGAAACAUUAAAGCAUACGUCUGAUAUAACGAGCGUUACGUUAUCAGAAAAAAAUAGUAUGAAAGCAAGUUCUACGGAGAAUAUUAAGACGGAUUAUGGUCUGAAUAAAGUCGAAAAUAUUUUGACCAGUCAUAGCGAAGGUUCUUCUAGAAAUGAUUCUUUAGAAAACUUUCCCGAUGAUUUUGAUGGUAAACACCAGAGAACAAAAUGGUUAAAUAAGGAACACAGAUCGAAAGGAGAUAAUAGAGAGGAUAAUAAAAAUUAUGAGCGUCAAAGUUCUGCCGUUAAUGUAUCUGUAAUAACUUCGACGCCUAUCAGAAGCAGAAGUACAUCUCGAAGGAGUAGUGCAGACAAUAUAGUUGUUAUUACUGGUAAACCUCAAAGCGAACAAGAGGUACGUUCCAAUAGAUCAACCGUACGCAUUACAGCCGAUUCUCCAGAUCCAUCUAACAGUCUUGCAAGUAACGUGAGUCAAGUUACCGUUGUUACUACACAUCCUCCAGUGUUAGUAGAUGCAACAGCUACAACUCCUUUACUACGACGUUCCUCUCCUACAUCGGAGGUAGUUAUCGUUGCAAAUGAAACGAAUAAAACUCAAGUUAAUGAAAAUUCAACCGACGAGGACGGUUUCCCUAGUCUGGAUAGUUUGGAAUAUACUCCACAGGAGCAACCUAUUAUUCUUAUGGAUACUUCCAAACGUGUUGGUAAAAAGUUAGACGAGUCUGAAGUUAUUAUCGUCAGUCCUAUUGUUGACGAAUUACAAGAUACUAGUCAUGUCUCUGUUGUUACCGUGGGUGACGAUGGAGAACGAGUGAAAGAUUCGUCGAUAAGUAAUAAACAUAACGUCGUUAGAACUGGUUCUUCCCACAGCAAUUUAAGUUCGAUCGAACAAAUAAGUUCGAAGAGCGAUAGCGGCGAUGAAAUUAGCAAAACGUCAAUGGCAGUUCCAGGAACUACUACUGAAAUUAUGGAUCAUAAUGACGUCGAAAGAAAUUCGAAGAAGAUGAAUGGUAUGAUCAAAAGUGAAAGGUCGAUUGGUCAUCGUAUCGAAGACAGAGUCGUAACAUCGGCAAAACAAAAAGAUGAUUAUGUAAAAAGUUCGAAGGAGAAACGCGUGUCACCGGAUAGUUUUGAAGGAUCAAGGUCACAGAGUGAUUCAGGAUCAACGAGAUCGCAUACACCUAGUAAGAGUAUUGAUCGUUCCGAUGCCGAAUCGAUUUCUACGACGAUAAGUCAAGACAGUCGAGGUUCGAAUAAAGAAAAUCAUUUGUCCCACGUACAGUCUACGGAAGGUGAAGAGGAAGUUGUCCUACGUCGAAAAUCUGAUUAUAAUCGGGAUGUAUCGCGAACACCUAGAACGAAAGAAGAUAUACAAAUGAUGAAUUUGAAGAAGAAAACGAGAAAACGAACUAGGAAAUUUGAAAUCGAUGGUGUCGUUGUUACGACAACAACAUCGAAAGUAAUAUAUGGUGAUGAUGAAAAUGGUAAAGUCUAUGACGAUCAAAUAUUCCGGAAACAAGAAUUACGUGAAUUAAAGAUGUUACAAAAGAUGGAACAAAAGCAGUUUCAAGAUCUAUCCCAAAAAUCGCAAUUCAACAAAGAUCAACAAGAGAAACGGUUUGAACAGGAAAGACAAUUGUUGGAACGUGGUGCUGAAGGAGAUUUAGAAACGCUCGCUAGACAACAAAGGCAACAAAUUGAACGCGCAGAAGGUCAACAAGAAGCCGAUCUUAGAUUGGCAUCGAAAAAGAUUCGUAGCGAACAAGAGAGAGAAUUGAAACAAUUCCGUGAAGGUUUGAAACAGGAAUUGCGAUUGCUCAAACAGGAGGUUGAUUUAAUGCCUAAAGAAAAAAGAAAGGGAGCUUUUAAGGUAAGGAAGGAAAAGCUUGAGGCUGAACAUGAGGAUAGAGAAAAGCUUUUCUUAGAAAAACUUAACGAAAGUCAUGAAAUGUCAUUGCGAAGAUUAUCGGAUAGUCAUCGUGAAAAAAUUGCUUUAAUGGAGAGACAGUUUCUACAACAGAAGCAGCAAUUGAUGAGAGCUCGAGAAGCAGCUAUUUGGGAAUUGGAAGAACGACAGAUACACGAAAGACAACAAUUGUUGAAGAGACAGCUCAAAGAUAUUUUCUUCUUGCAGCGACAUCAGAUGUUGAUUAGACAUGAAAAAGAAUUAGAACAAAUGAAAAGAAUGAAUCAGAGGAAAGAAGACGAAUUGAUAAAACGUCAAACGGUAGAGCGUAGAAACUUGCCUAAAAGGAUUCGAAACGAAAUGAAAGCGCGCGAGAUGAUGUUUAGAGAAUCCAUGAGAAUUUCAAUGUCUUCGGCGAUUGCGUCGGAUCCUGAAGCUGAAAGAGAAAAAUUGAAGAAAUUCCAAGAGAAUGAGAAAAAGAGGUAUAGAGCUGAACAGCAACGAUUUGAAUUGAAGCAUUCACGACAACUCGAAGAAGUUAGAGCACAGAGUGAUGCUACCAUUAAGGAAUUGGAACAGCUACAAAAUGAAAAGAGAAAAAUGCUAAUGGAGCAUGAGACAUUGAAGUUAAAAGAACAAGAAGAAACGUACAGUAAAGAGCUUCGGGAGUGGAAGGCACAAUUGAAACCACGAAAACAGAAGAUAGAAGCUGUGCUGGCGGCUGAAAUGGAGGCAUUGGAAACUCGUUACCGAGAUUAUUUGCCCUCUGGUCUUAGUGGUUUCUCUUUACCUUCCUUUAAUUAUUCUGAUAUAUCACUUCCUAACAUCUUGCAAAAAUCUUGUCAUUUACCUCGAUCUACUCCAAAUUCUCCAUUUCCGUUUACUAUACCUAGAGCCUCUCUUAGAUUUACUGGUUCAGAUACUACUUCCACAAAUGGCACGCUUGUUCGAAGUCGUUCUAAACCAGAUUUAAUGCCAUCUCGUCUGUCCCAUAGAUAAUACUUGCCAACAUCAUAUAUCUCAUACAUUCUUCUUGUUUAUUGAUAAAUUUGGAAAUAUAAAUAUAAUGAAUAUAACUUCGUUUCGUUAAAUUAAAAUUCUUAGUAUGUUUUAUAACAUAAUCUGGUUACACAAGUAAAUGCACAAUAUAUAAUAUGAUAUAAAAUAACACAAUAUAAAUAAACAAUAUAGAACAAAGAUAAAGAUAUUUAUAUUUCCAAAUUAAUCUUAUUUCUGUUUUCAACAAUAUAACAUUCCAUGUGCUUUCUUUAUUGCUGUUUUCUUCAUAUUAUACACUUUAUAUGGAGUUGGUACUAAUGAGUAUACUUCAACUUAUGAAAUAGAUAUUGUUUAUAUAUAUAUAUAUCCAUUUAGAAGAUAUGCAUUAAAUAACCAUAUAUUUAUAUUUUGCUGCUAGCUUAUCAUAUAAAUUGUGAUAGAAUACGUUAAUAUAACUGUGGCCAGGCUUACGUAAUAUAUCAAAAUUUUGAAAAAGUAAGUAAAAGAAAAGAGAAUAAGUUUACACAUUAUAAUGACACAGGUACACUUAAGUAUCAUCUAAUGUAAAUUAUGAAUAAAUUCAAUACAAUAUUUAUGAAUAUUUACUGCAGAAAAUAAAAAUAAAUAUUCAAGUAUAUUCAAGUACCAAGAUUGGUAUGUGAUUUACAAUUUCAUUUGAUUAGUUAUUAUGUCAUUGAAAAUGUGCCUUGUAUCAUAGCUUCGUAGUUGUGUUUUCCAUUACAGCUAUAUUAUUAUUAUUAUUACU